AGGCAAGCUGCACAAGCAGUCAGGAGUAAUGGCACAAAAGAAGAAACAAGAUCAGAAGCAAGUGAGAGAAACUGCGUCCAACUCCUCCGAUGUGGAAGAUUUUCAACAUCAACCUCUUGCCAUUGAACUAACCAAGCAGAGAUCUACUACAAAGGAAAGGGGCAUGCAGCCCUUGCAGGGUAAGCUGAAACUGUCACAGUUUCAAUAGAGCAAUAAUGCAGGAAUCCCACUGCCUUACUGGAAUCACAUCGCGGUAAAACCUGCAACCAAACAACAAUCUAUCAGACGGCGCCUAGGCAAGUCUGACUGCAGUUGGUUCCCAAGGCUUUGCACAAAGAGAAUCCAGAAGGAACAUAAAACAAAGAAACGUCAGUUCUGAGGACUGACUUCUUCAAUUCAGUGCCUUCGAUUUCCUGCGUUGGAUGGGGCUGCCCUCUCUCCCAGGAAAAGCAGUUUUCCAUGUAUAUUUUCUUACUAUUUCUUUCCACCAAUGAUAGAAUGGCAUAAAUGUAGAGGUACAGACGAUGCGAUUCCAGUAGAAAUGUGGCCCGUGGACUAAUCGUGAAGGAUCCACCAGCUUUAAUUAAAUAUUAGUCAAUUUUAAACUGCCCAUGCAUCCAGCAAGCAUUAAGUAAACUUUAAUCCUCGGCGUAGGCAAGCUGUGCGCACGCUGCCAUUAAUCGUAGGCUUAUAAUGUCACUAUAGCGUUAAAUUUGCAACAUUAGCAAUGAUUUGGUAAAUUUCAAGUCCCAGUUAUUGUGGUCAAUUAGCAGUCGAAUUAAUAAGACCCUAUUACAUACAUAUAAGCAAAUCCAGUGCUCUAACAUAGUGUGUCUCGUAAUAAUCAAGGAAAGCCGGGAAUCGAUUCUAACGACAUCGACGAUCUGAACGGCAGCAGGGUGCCGGAUUCUGGUGCACGGAGUAGCGAACUUGGUCCAAACCAAUAUGAUAAGUCUGAUGACACAUCCGCCAGCCAGACUCGUUCAUCCAUUUCGCAAGAGAAAGAGGACCAUCAAGAACGACGGAUAAAAGCAAUAACCAUAGUUAGUGUUGGUGCUGUAAUUUUUGCAUUCUUGCUGGGCAUUGAACUAGGCAUAAGAAUUCAGACAACCACGAACUUUGACUGUCAUCACCAGGGUAACGUAAUGGACCAGACAGUGUCAACCCACGACAGCUUACCAGUUUUGCAAAAUGACACAUCUGUCCUUGCAGAUAUCGACUCCAGUGGGAAGAUAAAGGGGUUAAUAGAAAUGUUUAAUCAUCAGAAACCGGUGCUGUGGAACACUAUAAAGCAGGAAUUUGGCGAUGAAGAAAUUAACGGUAUUUCCAUUCUGGUCGUCGAUACCCCAUCAGAUCAAUCAACGGCAGAAGCAUUCGCAUUGACCUUGUCUUUGCUGAUCUCUGCAGAUCAUUAUCUUCUGAGCCCCAGUCAGUUUAUAUCCAUGGACAGAGCCCACGCUGAAUCGGUGGUUGAAGAUGUAAUGUCCACAUUAGGUGGGCGGUCUAACAGUCUCGUCAUUCUGAAUAGUGCAGAAAACAUGCCCAUGUACAUUAUUGAUAGCCUGGGGCCAUUCUGUAGCUCUUUGCUUGUUCAAAGAUCCAUUGUCAUCACCGCCCCCGGUACGACACCGUCGGUGACCUUACCAGCUUGCGGAAAGAAAACCAUCCUGCGUGUACAGACUGAGGCUACCCUACAGCUGCUGCCUACGGUAACACAGUCAACAGAUGACCAUCAUACAGCGCUAAACGCCAUCAGAAAGGUUUUCGUGUCCCAGUCGGACCGGGUGUGGAUGGCGGCCGACGCUGUCAUGACGGAGCACCGGACAGGCGGACCGCCCAGGAGGCCGGCAGUCCUCAUCAUCGGUGCCCCGCCCGGCGCUCAUCGGACGGCCGACGUGCUCGCUGAAGCACUGGCAAAGGUCUAUUCAGAGAAGCCGCUGAUGAUCGACAGUCACCAGUUCAGCCGUGUUGACGCCGACCGAGCGAAACUCCACAUCGACCGCACGCUGGACUCCACCUUCCUCGGAGACGUUCGGUCCGCAGUCUUCACCAGAGUCGACAGUCUGCCCGGCCCCGCGGCCAUGAUCUUCCACUCCUACUGCGACCAUGACGACGCACAGUUCAAACACGUCGCCUACUUCAUGACGGUGCACUGCAGUGACGACGUUGACACAAACUCUCCGCCCAAGGCACAAGAAGAGGCCAUCCUGGACUACCUGAAGCGUUCCUGGGAGGAUUUACACGAGGAGAAGCGAGGUCCACUUCUCAGCAGAAUUGCGUCUAUGGUGGUGGUAGUCAAGGCCGAGAAAAACAUGGAAGUACUGCCGCCAGUUAACAGGCAGUAGCACAUGUGUAACAAAUAUUUGUCAAGUCAACUUGUCUAAAAUUUUCACAUUCUGAUGAAGAUGUUGAAAUUUGUGGAACAGUAUACAUUUAGGGUAAAUUCAAAUGACAUAAAGAUUUAAGUAUUUGCAGAUUAUUAUACUAUUGAUAAUUGAAUUGUUUAUGGUAGAACGCAUGAUAUAACAGAUAUUUAGGACCUAUAGUUCAGUGUUCAGUUAUACUUUGUUGCAUGAAAGCUAACAGCUAAUUUCUUUGUCAUUUAUAGCAUUGGCAGAAAACAUUGGUUGCUAUAUGGUUAACAUAAAUCGCUAUAUUAUGUCGAAAUGCGUUUAAAUAUUGACAAUAUUGAGCAAUUAUAUCGUACACGUGUUCGGUCUGGAUUUUUAAUCGAAGUUUGAAGUUUCCUUAGAUUUA